AUGAGUGCUAGCCCGCCAGCCUUGGGUGACAAGCGUGCACACACGCCCGACGAUGUUCGGUGUGCCAAGCUCGCACGUCUAGAGACAGACGAAAGUGGCCGCAGCGCGGGCGACAGACACGGUGGGGACAGCGCCAAGGAAGAUGCGGCUUCAGGCACCGGGAAGGAAGCGGGUCCGUCGCCUACCGCUGAUACGAAUGACGAAGGCGCGUCCACACGCCUGCAGAAACGCAAAGUAGCGCUCUUCUUCGGCUACUGUGGCACAGACUACUCUGGUCUGCAGGUGAAUCCUGGCGUCAAGACCAUUGAGGGCGAUAUCUUUGAAGCAUUUUGCCGUGCUGGUGCCGUAUCGAAGGAAAAUGCCGUGAAUCCGAACAAGGUGCAGCUGCAGCGGGCAGCUCGCACAGAUCGCGGCGUGCAUGCAGCAGGCAACCUGCUCACACUCAAACUGAUCCUUGAUCCACCCAACUUGCCGCCGAACCAGACACUCACGACGUACGUGAACUCUCUCCUGCCCGACCAGAUCCGCAUUUGGGGCAUGCGCCGUGUGCAGAGUGCUUUUAAUGCCCGAACGAGCUGUGACUCGCGUCUGUACGAAUACUUGCUUCCGACCUAUGUAUUUCUACCGCCCAAAGCCAUGGAGCGCAAUGUGGAAGAUGCUGCGCCGCCUCAAUCUGGGUGA